CAAGACAUUUUAAAAUUAGUGACUAUUUCAUCUGGCACAAAUAAUGCUAAUAGCUCCAAGCACUAUUGGAAGAAAAUCUUAGAUCGUUACUCACAAAAUGUAACGACCUACUACAUUUGUGAGUAUUGCAACAAUUAUUUAGGCUCUGAGAGAGAUUGUCCAGUCCAGUGUGAUAAAUGUCACAAAAAAGUCGACCGUGAUGCGAACAAAGGUACUUUUCUCCAUUUACCUUUGGCAGAUCAGCUCCGAGAGAUAUUUGAGAAAACUGACGCUCAUCAAUUGUACAGAAUCAAUCGUGAAAAAACAAACAAAUACGCGAUUGAAGAUAUCUGCGACGGCAAAAUGUAUAAAAAAUACAUUUUAAAUGAAACCACGAUAUCCAUCAAUUUCAGUGUUGAUGGAGCGCCUAUAUUUGAUAGUUCAAACACGUCAGUGUAUCCGGUACUUUGCACUAUUGAUGAAUUGAAUCCACAUGAUAAGCGCAAGUACGUUCUGCUAUCCAGUGUGUGGUUCGGCGUCGGAAAGCCGAAAAAUAUGAACAGCUACUUGAAGCCGUUCGUGGAAGAGGCUAAGACUCUAUUGAAGGAUGGGUUUAGUUACACUUAUCAAGGCCAAUCCUUCACAAAAACUGUUGUAACCCUUAUGGGUAUCUGUGACUCGGUAGCUCGUCCAUUGGUCCGAUGUUCGACCCAAUUCAAUGGCGAAUUUGGCUGUGGUUUAUGCCUUCACCCUGGAAAAUCCGUUGAAAAAGGCCGAGGACAUGCUAGGAUUUAUCCACUGGUCAACGGAAAUCCGUUUGGAGAUGGUCUAAGGACGCACGAGGAUACACUGCUGCAUGCAAAAGCGUCAGAAAAAAAAGAUAAGAAGGGCAUAAAGGGUGUCUCUGUUUUGUGCGAUAUACCCAAUUAUGACAUCAUCAAAAAUCUCGAUGCCGAUUGGAUGCACUGCGUUGGCCUUGGCGUUUGUCGCCAGUUUGCUGGUUUAUGGUUUGACUCUUGUAAUUCCAGUGAGAAAUUUUACUUUGGCAAUAAAAUUGCCGAAUUUGAUGAGUACAUCACUUCGUUUUCACCAACGUCAGAGAUUUCAAGGACCCCUCGACCUUUAGCAGACCGUACUCAUAUGAAAGCACACGAGUGGAUAACGUUUCUCUUAGCGUACAGUUUACCGGUCAUGAAGAUGUGCUUUCCGAAGCAGUACGUUGAUCAUUGGGCAUUAUUAGUCGAUGGAAUUUCUAUUCUGGUGAAAGCUUCGAUAAUGAAAUCAGAAAUAAAAUACGCUGACCAGUACCUACGUAAAUUCAUUCUUGGCGUCGAAUUGCUGUAUGGUGAAAAAUACGUGAGCUUCAAUGUCCAUCUUCUAGCCCAUCUUGCGAUUAGUGUUGAGAACUGGGGUCCACUCUACACGCACAGUGCCUUCAUUUAUGAAGAUUUUAAUCAGACAAUCCAGGCUUCCGUCAACAGUCCUAAUGGCGUCGAGAUUCAAAUCUGUGAUUCGUUCCGAUUAAAAUUUGCAAUUGACAGAUUGUCAAUUUUAUGUCGGGAUGAUUUGAAUUACAAGCAAAUUGAGUAUUUGGAUAUGCUGAUGAAUAGAAAAUCUAAACCUAACUCCAAAACCAUGAUAUGCAAUUGUGGAGUUCUCGGCUGA